UUCAAGUUUCUUGCUCAGGAGGAAAAGGAAAAAGCAAUUCCCUUUCGCUCAUAUUCUUCUGCAGAAGAAGGAACAAUCCCAUUUCAUUCGGGUCAAUUUCUUCCGUUUCCAGUCCUCUUACUAAUUUAGCUUACUCCCUUUGUUCGUCUUCUUCAUUUUCCAAUUUCAUUCGAGGGUUUUGAUUCUGUUAGUCUUCUUCUCUGCUCAAUGGCGCGUGACCCGGAUGGCUCUGCUGGCGGCGGUGCUAGUAACAACUCCCAGCGUGAGGAGGCCACUCUGAAGGUCCCAUCGAAGGACCCCAAGAAGAAGGAUGAGAAGAAGGAAGAGGAUCUGUCGGAAGAGGAUCUGGCCUUGAAACAACAGUUGGAGUUGUACGUGGAGAGAGUUCAGGACCCCGAUCCUGGCCUGCAGAAAGUUGCCCUUGAGAGUAUGAGGCAGGAAAUCCGAACAUCCACAAGCUCCAUGACUUCUGUUCCAAAGCCUCUAAAAUUCCUUCGCCCACAUUACGGAACUUUAAAAGCUUAUUAUGAAACAAUGGCAGACACCGAUUUAAAGAAAUACAUGGCGGACAUACUAUCAGUAUUGGCACUGACAAUGUCUGCGGAGGGAGAACGGGAAAGCCUGAAAUACAGACUAUUAGGCUCAGAAGGUGAUAUUGGUUCAUGGGGUCAUGAGUAUGUAAGGAAUUUGGCUGGAGAGAUUGCUCAAGAAUACACCAAACGACAGGGUGAAGAGGCUCCCAUAGAUGAUUUGAUGGAACUUGUUCAAGAAAUUGUUGCUUUUCACAUGAAACACAAUGCCGAACCUGAAGCUGUUGAUCUAUUAAUGGAGGUUGAAGAUCUUGAUCUGUUAGUUGAGCAUGUUGACAGUACAAAUUUCAAAAGGACCUGUAUCUAUCUUACCAGUUCAGCCAAAUAUCUUCCUGGACCUGAUGACAUGCUAGCUCUGGACAUUGCAUAUAUGAUAUAUCUAAAAUUUGAAGAAUAUACCAAUGCACUUCAGAUUGCUUUGUUCCUCGACAACUUGCAGUAUAUCAGGCAGAUCUACCAAUCCUGUGAUGAUUUGCAGCGUAAAAAGCAAUUUUCAUACAUACUUGCUCGACAGGGCACUUGUUUUGAGCUUGAUGAGGAGAUGUGUGCUGAUGACGAUGAUAGAGAGGCAUUGCAGGAAAUCAUCAAUAAUUCCAAGCUAAGUGAAGGUUAUCUUACCCUUGCUCGUGACAUUGAGGUCAUGGAGCCUAAAUCUCCAGAAGACAUUUAUAAGGCACACUUGCUUGAUGGCAGGGCUAGUGCUGGUGCAAGUGUUGAUUCUGCUCGUCAAAAUUUGGCUGCUACCUUCGUCAAUGCUUUUGUGAAUGCUGGCUUUGGUCAGGAUAAGUUAAUGACAGUUACACCAGAUGCAUCCAGUGGCGCUUCUACAGGAAACUGGUUAUUUAAGAAUAAAGAUCAUGGGAAGAUGAGCGCUGCAGCAAGUUUGGGUAUGAUUUUGCUUUGGGAUGUGGAUGCUGGACUUUCUCAAAUUGACAAAUUUUUGCACAGCAAUGAUAACCACGUUGUUGCUGGUGCAUUGCUGGGAGUUGGUAUUGUCAAUUGUGCUAUCAAGAAUGAUUGUGAUCCUGCAUUAGCACUUUUAGUAGAAUAUGUUGACAAAGAAGAUGCAUCAACCCGUAUAGGUGCAAUAAUGGGCUUGGGCAUUACGUAUGCUGGAACUCAAAAUGAGCAGCUACGUCGUAAACUGACCCCUAUAUUAAGUGAUUCAAGAGCUUCACUUGAUGUGAUUGCAUUCACUUCACUCUCAUUGGGCUUAAUAUAUCUUGGUUCCUGCAACGAGGAGGUUGCUCAAGCAAUUAUAUUUACAUUAAUGGAUCGACAUGAGAAUGAAUUGGGGGAUGCUUUAGGUCGCCUUCUACCACUUAGCCUUGGUCUUCUAUACCUUGGAAAGCAGGAAAGUGUGGAGGCGACAGCUGAGGUUUCCAAGACAUUUAACGAGAAAAUCAGAAAAUAUUGCGACAUGACAUUGCUCUCCUGUGCAUAUGCUGGAACUGGGAAUGUACUAAAGGUUCAAAACCUUCUUGGUCAUUGUUCUCAACAUCUUGAGAAGGGUGAAACCCACCAAGGAGCUGCUGUGCUUGGAAUUGCAAUGGUGGCAAUGGCCGAAGAAUUGGGUUUGGAGAUGGCAAUUCGAUCAUUAGAGCAUCUUUUGCAGUAUGGGGAGCAAAAUAUUCGCCGUGCUGUUCCCUUGGCUCUUGGUCUCCUUUGCAUCUCAAACCCCAAGGUUAAUGUUAUGGACACGUUAAGCAGACUGAGCCAUGAUACGGAUUCCGAAGUAGCGAUGGCAGCAGUAAUCUCCUUGGGUUUGAUUGGUGCGGGAACCAAUAAUGCAAGAAUAGCUGGCAUGCUUCGAAAUCUUUCGAGUUAUUACUACAAAGAUGCGAGCCUUCUUUUCUGUGUCAGGAUUGCCCAAGGGCUUGUACAUUUGGGCAAGGGCCUGUUAACUCUUAAUCCUUAUCAUUCCGACCGAUUCUUAUUAGCACCGACCGCACUUGCAGGAUUAAUAAUUACAUUGCAUGCAUGUCUUGACAUGAAGGCCAUUAUCCUGGGGAAAUAUCAUUAUGUGCUCUACUACCUUGUCUUGGCAAUGCAGCCGCGAAUGCUGUUGACUGUGGACGAGAAUCUGAAGCCUCUUUCAGUACCUGUUCGGGUGGGUCAGGCGGUUGAUGUCGUUGGACAGGCGGGUCGGCCAAAGACAAUCACUGGUUUUCAAACUCACUCAACCCCAGUUCUUCUUGCUGCUGGUGACAGGGCAGAACUGGCCACUGAGAAGUACAUUCCUCUUUCGCCUAUCCUAGAAGGAUUCGUCGUUUUACAGGAGAACCCAGAAUACAGAGAAGAACAGUAGCAAGGCAUUGUAAGUAGAGGAAUGGAUAAAUCACUGCUGUUUGAUAUGAAUUCUAACCUGGAUGUUGCUGGACAGCAAAGACAUGAUGCGGGAUGCAGGGUUCGAGUUUAGUUUCGCUCGUCUUAAUCUCAUCCAAGCAGUGCAUUGUUAGUUUUGAUGAACAACCAUGAGUUCGAAAAAUGAGAUGUGCUUGAAUUGAUCAAAUUAAUGUUUCAUGGUUACUGUUUAGUUCCCGUUCACUCGGGAUCUUAUUGUAUUUGAUUUUUUUGGGAAUAGAAUCUCUAUUUGCUUAGUCUAAUUUGAUGCAACGACGUUGAGUCCCACCUUGGCAUGGUAUAAAAUGUUAUAAACUUUUUGUUGUUUCGGGGAC